UUCAACUGGGUGGGGCUAGGCUGCUCAACGAGAGCGGUGGUUGCCUUGGUAACCGUUGUUAUGGCUGCAAAGGACGCUUCAGUGGUCAUAGCGGAGACUCGUCUCUUUGCGUCUUAGACCCGACCGAGAAGGCAUCUCCUCGCCUCACCCCAUGUCUGACUUCAGCAGCACUAGGCGCACGGGGCUGCCCCGCGCCGUCCUGCGUUGGCUUCAGAGCCUCGACCUCACCGUUUCGCCCAGGCCCUUCCGUAGGGAUUUUUCAAAUGGCUAUCUCAUAGCUGAAAUAUUCUCUUGGUAUUACCCAGAAGAUAUUCAAAUGCAUUCCUUCCAAAAUGGGACAUCUCUAGCUGCUAAACUUAGUAAUUGGUCACAACUUGGAAAGUUCUUUGCAAAGAGAAACCUGAAGCCCAUUCGAGAGCUGAUUGAUGGAACAAUACAUUGUAAACCAGGAGCUGCAGAAAUAUUUGUACAAGACAUUUAUACAAUGCUAACAAACAGGCGGAUAAAACACAUUCAGGAUGAAGAGAUUGACUUUUCAGAUCAUCUUUACCAGAAUAGGUUACCAAUGGUUGCCAGAUCAACUGCUUCAACAGCUAUUAAAGCCAACAUUAAACUAACUGAAAUAAUGGUGGAGCCCAACAUAAACAAAAACAGACAAAAAGUUAAUGCCAUCAUCAAUUUGCACCUGCAGCGAAGGCAGCUAGAGAGGGAACAGUAUCCAGAACGGUUUAACAUUAAACCAACUCUCGGAGCACGUGCCAUUCGUCGCCCUUCUGCUGUGAGUGACAGCAUAAUUAAUAUUCAAAGAGAGAAACCUGUGCAUAUAUCAAGUGGCUCUGCAGAAAUCAGAGGCAAAACAGGGGUGCAUUUCAAAACCAUUGAAGUGAAACAAGCUGAGAGAUGUCCCUUUGAUGUGAAUUUAAACGAGGAUACCUAUGUUAAAGGACUGCCAAGGAGAUCUGAAGAUAUGAUUAGCUGAAAGACUUAUGACCCAAGUUUCUGUACCUCUUUGGAAAAAGCUAGAGAGUUGCAACACAAUUUUUUUUACAGGAAUCGUACCUUUUAGGCAGGUUCUAAUGGAGAUGUUCUGUUUAGCGAUACCAUCGUGCAUCUGUUCUUGCAUCCUGACAUAACUGAAUAAAACUGCUUCUUAGGACAAA